AUGGAUCAUUCAUUGGAUAGAGAAGGACAGUUGUUAAGUACAAGAAAGUUGAAACGCCUGGAAUCUAAAAAAAGAAAAGCAGUAGCAUUUCUUUCGUUAUUGAGCAGCAGUGCUACUGCUGCUGGAACAAGAUCUAGAACUCUAAGAAGAACGUCUGCAAUGAGUGCUACGGUACAAACUGAAGCAAUAGAACUGCUAUCACAUCCCCCAGAACAGAAAAUGGAAAUCACAAAAGGAGAGGGGGACGAUGAUGAAAGUAGUAAAGACCCAUUACUUGAAAUGAAGAAAGUCAUGAGAGAGAGAAAAAGAAUGAUUAUGCAAAAGCCAAAAUUGUUCCUUACACUAGAAGAAACAGUUCCAUUUCGUACUGUAUCAGAUGAACCUAUCAGUGAGGAGGAAUAUCCCCCUUUGUUUGUUAUGGAUCUCCAGCAGCUUCUACUCUAUGGCAUACAGGGAAACAUGGCGAGCUUCAAACCAAGGUGGUGUAAGUUGCUACGAGUGGCCAAGGUCUCAUCAGUUGUUCUUUUGAUGAUAGAUGGACUGAGCCAUAACGAUUACACAGAAAACAAAACUAGUUUUAAAUUCAUUUCAGGAACAUUUGAAUCUCUUGUUGAAAUGGUUUGCCCAUUACAAUAUGGGCAGAGUUUGGACUCUGAAUUGUACAAUGUACCUCUUAGUGUGUCACAGCUGAAGAAAGUGAAUGUUAGAGUGCCUAAAAGUAUUCGUGAUAAAGUGUUUACCAAAAUCGAUCAGCCAGUUGCAAAGAAUAGCAAUGAUAAAUUGUCGCGCACAUGCUUGCUGCUAAGUACCUAUCAAAUGAUGCUAGAAGGCUAUCCAUUACCUAUAAUCACUAAUAAGAGGAAGUACCAUAAUUUUGUCUACACAAAAGAUUGUUAUAAAAAAGUGACUGCUAGUAGCCCAAUGUUUGCACUUGAUUGUGAAAUGUGUUUAACAAGUAUAAGACAGAAUGAAUUGACUAGAGUAUCAAUAGUAGCGGAAAAUGGGGAUCUACUAUUUGACUCGUUUGUAAAGCCUAAAAACAGAAUAAUUAACUAUUUAACAAGGUAUAGUGGUAUCACAAAAGAAAUUUUGGACCCAGUCAAGACAACACUUGAGGAUGUUCAAAAUGAAAUCAGAAGACUUCUUCCUGCUGAUGCUAUAUUAUGUGGACAAUCUCUUAACUGUGAUCUUUUAGCUCUCAAGAUGUUCCAUCCUUAUGUGAUUGACACCAGCAUAAUCUUUAACAUGUCAGGAAACAGAAAAGUUAAAGCUGGGCUUAGAAAGUUGACACAAUUUUUCUUAGGUCGUACAAUUCAGGCCAAUCCCAGUGGUCACUGCUCCACAGAAGAUGCAAUCGCAACUCUUGAUCUAGUCAAGUUGAAGCUAUCUAAGGGGCUUGAGUUUGGAGAUGCUACUCUGAGUGGCAUUUACUUUCCAGACAUUCGGACAUAUUUCACAGAAAAUAGUGGUGGCAGUAGUAAAACUGCCUCUGAAAAUGUUGAACUGGAGAGCAGUGAACUAGCUGAUCGUAAUGACAACUGUUCAAUGGAAAUUGGGAACAGUUUGCUGAAGAGAGAUCACAGUGGAGAAAUGAAAUCCCAUAAUGAGCAGCAACUUUUAAAUUUUAAAGCAAAUGGAUCAUCAUCAUCAUCCAGCUCUGACUCAGAAGAUGAGAGCAGUCUUGCAAAUCAGUCCAAGAAGCAAAAACUUUCCCAAGAUGACUCUUCUUGUUCACAAACUGAAUCCGACUCAAAGAUUAAUGAUGUUCCUAUUGUUCCAUCAUUUAAAUCAACAAUAGAAAAAGUUCAGCUUCAGCAAUGUUUAUUCAAUCAAGCUAACAGUGUUCAUGUUUCUCACAGUUUUUUUAAACUCGUUAAUGAGGCAGGAAGAACAGCUUGCAUGAUAGACAGAGACACUAUUACAGAAAAGUAUAGUUCUGAAUGUAUAGAAAAAAUAACAGUCACCACAGACUCUGAAGCGAGACGAGCCGCUAAGUCAUUUGUACAGUCCAAAGAGUUUGUGUGGGCUCAGUUUCACGAUUUUAACAACACAAGAGAUUUGUUAGAAGAAUCAAGACAGAAACUCAUGAGAAAGUUGGAUAACAGAGUCCAAAGUGUGGUAAAACGUGUCAAGCCUAAUUCCUUGGUGGCUGUGGUAAUGACAGGAAGAGAAUCUGUUGGAGAAACUGCCCACAACAUGGCAGUAUUGGUCACAAUCACCUGAUACAGAAACAGCUUUGUUGUUUUAAGUUGGCUGCAUCCCUUUUGCUGGAAAUGGUUUCUCCAGUGUUACCCGACACUUAAUUUGUUAUUUUAUGAUGUCACUGGUUUGUUUCAUAAUUGUUAAACAAUUAAAUGACGAUAUUUUACAUAUAAAUAAUUUUAAUGAAUUUGAAUGAAAGAUGAAUAAGUAAAAUGCUAAACACAGGAGUACAAAAGUAAAUAAUAUCUAUCAAGGUUUAUAAUACUUGUGAGGAGUUGAACAUUAUAAUUCUAGGACUUCUAACUAAAAGCUAAUCAGACAUAACAAACAUGAGAUCUAAAUUAUGAAAAAGUGUCUUGGAAGAGAAUCACAUACAUUAUGUGAGACACUAAAUGUAUAAUGCUAUUACAUAACAC